GCUAUAAUGUCCGUGGAGCAUGUUGUUGGGCUGGGCUGGCAUUGGCAGGCUGCAGACCCGGGGCCUUCGUCCGGUUUUGGUCACGCGCUGUACGGCUGUCGUGUCGCGGGCGGUCUCUUUGUAGACCCCAAACGUGGAGCUAGCCUCCACACCGGGGAAUCCACGGUUCAGUCGGGUUUGGCACACGUCGGACGGCCUCGCGCAGGGCUUUGCGGAAGGGAAAUUCAAUUAAUGACAUGUACAUCAGGUGCCAUGCUGAAUGCAUAUGGCUGACGGCUUUGCGAGCGGCAGCUGUCACCGCAUUUAGGGUCGUGCAAUUACCGGACCCCCAAUUUUGCGAAGUUGUGUAACAGCUGUGUUUGGGGUGGCUCAAACAUUCCAUUUAGACAGUGCAAAGCCGUCUAGAAUGCGGCAAUUAUCAGUCCUUGACAGUGGCUCGCGGCCAGCCGCGCAGCCGGUGGCCAGUUGCUCCUACACCACCCUUCCCAAUUUUACUUCUAGACGCAUUCACCAACGGCAGCAUGCGUGUGGGCGGGGGGCCGACCAGUCAGCGGGGCGGCGGCGUCUGGCCGCGCCUGCACCGCUUCUAGCACCGCACCGGCUGACUGACAAUUCUCGACCUUCAAUUGCAUGCGCGUCUGGCGAGGAGGUCAUCAGUGGAUACACUCCCGCGAACUACAUUUCCUUCUCGGAGCAGCCAGGGGACGUCGCCGGUCACGGCUUUAGCGUCGUCGUAGACGCCCCAUCAAGCGUGUGCUUUGGAAUAUGGAACGACUGGAACCGUCUCGUGGAGUUCCUGGACCUGGUGGCGCAGAUUGGCUUGGACCCUAAAAACCCGGACAUGGCGCUGUUCCAGACCUUCUACCGUCACGGUCUCCUGCCGGUGAUGGAGAUCGUGUUCGUGCUGCAGAAGACGCAGGUGGUGGAGAAUGAACGCAUCGAGUUCGAGUCGGUGUGGGGCAUGCCUAUGUCAGGCUCUGUCUCCUUCCGGCCGGUAGACGGCGCUGGCGGCAGCCGCACGGAGGUGACGCUGGAGUUCGCGCAGGCACUGCCCACGCUGCUCGUAGACCUCAAAGUGGGGGUGUUCGGGGUGCAGAACAGCCUGCGCCCCAUCCUGUCCGACAACCUGGUGGCGUUUAAGGAGCUGGCGGAGGAGCUGGCGGCAGCUGAGAGUUCGCAGAAGGGCAAGGCCGGGAAGGGCGCGAGGCCGCGGCAGGAGGCGGGCGACCGGCAGUUUCUGCUGUUCGACGAGCGGGCGGACAUGCAGGCAUACGCGGAAAUGAUGGAGAUGAUGCAGGACGCCGAGCUCCAGCAGCAGGAGCAGCAGCGGCAGGCGGCGGCGGCGGCACAGCGGGCAAGCGCGGCGGCGUCUCAGCCACAGCAGCAGGAGCAGACGCCGGCGGAGGAGGACACGGCAAGGCAGCAGGGCCCGGGCACGGCGGCAGCAGCAGCAGGGCCGGCAGUGGCGGGUAGCGGCCGGGCAGGGCGGGGGACUCGGCGAACCACCCGGACAACGACGGACGCGGCGGGGGGCACGGCGGCUGGCGGGCGCGCCGCAUCGGACGCGGCGGCAGCCGGCGGGGGCCAGGGGCCUGACGACCGGUCAUCGGGUCGGAAGCGCUCGGUUCGCUCCACUCGCGGCGCGUCGUAGUCGUGGCGCUACUGCGGAGUGGUGUGGAAUGGGGCGGCCUUGUGCGGACGCAGCACGGCGUGGCGAGGGUGCAAUGCGGUGCGAUGCUGUGCGGUGCGGUGCGCGCAGGCCCAGACCGGGCAGGCGACGUGAGUGCGCAGCUGGGGAUAGCUAGGCGGUGCGCAGGCAGCUCUUGUUUCUGCGCCGUGGCCAACGCGCUGCCUUGCGGGCGGUUCCUGGCGCCGAUGUGGGGCUUGACGUGGCAGCUGCGCUGUGCUGUUGCGACUCGCAUGUCUUUACGCAGUAACCUGCCGGGCUUUACGGGACCGCAGCCAUGGUGAGUUGUUGGCGCUGGUCGUGAGGCAGGCAGGCAUCGGCUACAUCUAUCACUCAGACACGGCUUGUAGCGUACGGCGUUGUAGGAAUGCAUUACAAUAGCUAGCACUCGAGCGAUGUAUAUGCAGGCGCCGGCCCGGUCUUGCACGGGUGGCGAAGUUGCUCGCGUAUGCAGGUGGUCUUCCGCCUGCAGAGGGGGCGUGGAUGCCAUUUGUGUGGUUGGUUGCUGUUGCUGGCGCGUUGCGGUCUGGCAGAGGCGGGCGCUAAGAAGUGAGCUGCUGAGAGCGGCAUUGACGGGGCAGAUUACAGCUAAGACGAGGAUUCGGCUAUGCUAAUACGCGACUUAUGCUUGAGAACAAUGGGAGUGUAGAUGGUGCAUGCAGGGGACUGGGCCAAGCCCGGGCGUGACGGCAUUGGCCUAGAACCGAUGCGGGGACUGCCGACUGCAUGGUCGUGAGGCGGGCGGCCCGCGACCGGGCUGACAUAAACUUUCACAACGGUAUCGAGACUUGCAUCGGCAAUGACAGCCGCAGAGCCAAGUCACAAUUUUGCUGCUGUGGGGGCUGUCGCAUGAAUGUGACGAAUGUACGGUAGGUGGUAGGGCCUGGCGCUAGCGCAACGGUGCGCGCAGCUGGAUUGCGUGCGUGCACGUGUCAUGUGGGGUCAAAACUGGUGUGCUCCAAACUGGUGUGCGGUGGUGCCACGAAGUCACUUAUGCGGCGUCGUGCGCGUUUGCUGCUCGUGACUGUAAGCGUGUUCCAAC